UCACUACAUCGUCAGAGGGUGUUCAGUCAGUGAGCAGAGACGAAGAAGAGCACAGUCAGAGGUCUUUUCUGACAGUUUAGCUAGACUCUGCAAGAACUACACCAUCAAGAAAGGAGACACCAGAUCCCCAUUUACUGCUUAAGACACAACUAGACAACCUACUGCAGGACGACACACGGGCAUCAUGACACAGGGCAAGCUUUUACUUGCAAACAAGACCGCCAAUGGCUCCAGCGAACAAGUCUUAGUGUCACCAGUUCCUCCCAGCUAUGAGGAAGCCACCGCAAGCACCAGUGCGCCUUGCUACAAUGAUGUUGAGAUGCUCACAGAGUUCACCUGGGAUGAUCGCAACAUCAGGAGGGUCUUCAUCCGUAAGGUGUAUGCCAUCUUGAUGAUCCAGCUUUUGGUCACUCUUGCUAUUGUGGCUCUUUUCACAUUCUGUGACCCUGUGAAGGACUACAUUCAAAGCAACCCUGGGUGGUACUGGGCCUCUUAUGCUGUGUUCUUUGCCACAUAUCUGACCCUCUCUUGCUGCGCUGCACCAAGGAGACAGUUUCCAUGGAAUCUGAUUCUGCUUAGCAUCUUUACAUUGUCACUCUCCUACAUGACAGGGAUGUUGUCCAGCUUUUAUAACACCAAGUCAGUGGUGAUGUGUCUGGGCAUCACAGCAGCAGUCUGCCUCCUGGUCACCAUCUUCAGCUUUCAAACUAAGUUUGACGUGACAUCCUACCAAGGCGUGCUCUUCGUCUUCUGCAUGGUCAUGUUUGUCUCUGGACUGGUGUUGGCAUUCGUCCUUCCCUAUCAAUAUGUACCCUGGCUGGAUGCCACCUUUGCUGCCUUGGGGGCCAUAUUGUUUACCAUGUUUUUGGCAUUUGACACCCAGCUCCUCAUGGGGAACAAGCGCUACUCUAUUAAUCCAGAAGAGUACGUCUUCGCCACUCUCAACCUCUACUUAGAUAUCAUCUACAUCUUCUCCUUCUUCCUUCAAAUCUUCGGAACAAAACGAGAGUAAACCAUAGCCUAACCUUUCUUACUUGCAGACAAGAAAUGCACCAGUAUGGCAAUUUAGGCAGACAUGAUAAGAGUCUUUUAACAUUUUGGUGAUUGUGAUGACAGUGCUUCCAAUUGUAACAGCUUUAUUUAUUUAGUUUUUGCCUGAUACUGAUAAGGUCAUGAAUACUUUGUGAAUCUCUUGUACAGCUAUCCAUGCACAUGUCAGUAUUCAAAUCCAAAAUGUCAAUCUAUCCCUCCUCUUUAGCAUGUUGUGCACCCACCACGGGGUUAGAUUAUUAGCUUAACCAGCCAGAAACAUUAAGUAAUCGGUGAGCUUCUUCCAUUUAACAUAGAUAAAACAUACUGUGAGUGUUCAUCUGAAGUUGUAUGGGCAAACAAUAGAUGUCAAUGACCUUUAAGAGGUAUCUGGUCUAAAAUACAUUAUGCAUGACUUAAAAAAAAAGCCAUAACAACAAAUAUAUCAUUUUUAUUUAUCUGUUUUUU